AUGAAGCGCAGCAACACCGCGGCGAAAAGAAGAAUAGUCGCUUCUUUGUUCGGUGAUUUUGACCGAUCUGCGUCAUCUGGGUAUUUUCACCUUUUCUCCUCGGGAAAGUUUAACAGCGUAAAGUUCUUUUCCUUUUCUCGAGCAGCAGCGGCAAGUUCGUUUCCGUCGUCGUCAACGGAAUGGAGGAUGCGACGGAUGCGAAGCGUUGUUCAAAGCGCGCCUAUUCAUCUGAAUGAGCAUCUGAAACAACAACAAGUACAACAAAAACAGAUACAAAUACGUUCGUUGAACGUGCACGAAUACCAAGGCGCGGACAUCAUGCGCAAAUUUGGCGUCCGAGUACCGGAUUCUAUCGCGUGCAAGACCGUGGAGGAGGUGCAAAAAGCCUCGGAGCAGAUGAAGUGUUUAGGCGACGACGAGGUAGUGAUCAAGUCGCAAAUAUUAGCCGGCGGGAGAGGAUUAGGGACGUUUAAGUUUGGCGGGUUUAAAGGAGGCGUGCAUAUCGUGAAGAAUGAGAUGGCGAGAGAAACGGCGGAGAAGAUGCUGGGUAACGUGCUGGUGACGAAACAGUCCGGGCCGGAAGGAAAACCGGUGAACGCUUUACUCGUGGCGAGGAAGAUGAAGUUUGCGAAGGAGAUGUACUUUGCGAUUUUGUUGGAUCGCAAAAGCGCAAAACCGAUGAUUAUCGCGAGCGCGGAAGGUGGGACUUCUAUUGAAGACUUAGCGGAAUCGAAUCCGGAAAAGAUUAUUAAGAAGUACAUCGAUAUUAACGAGGAAAGUGGCGGGAUUAAGAGAGAAGACGCGUUAGAUUUGGCGGAGAAGUUGGGGUGCGCGGAUAAAGAGGACGCGGCGAAGCAGUUUCAAGCGUUGUACGAAACGUUCAAGAAGACGGAUUGCACGAUGAUUGAGGUGAACCCGAUGGCGGAAACCACGGAUGGGGUUUUAUACGCCGCGGAUGCGAAAUUAAACUUUGACGACAACGCGGAAUACAGGCAAAAAGAUAUCUUCUCUCAACGAGACGCUUCGCAAGAAGACGCGAGAGAAGUCGAAGCCGCGAAAUACGAUUUGAAUUACAUCGGUUUAGAUGGCAACAUCGGGUGCAUGGUCAACGGUGCUGGUUUGGCGAUGGCGACUAUGGAUAUCAUCCAAGGUAAAGGAGGGUCUCCGGCAAACUUUUUAGACGUCGGCGGCAAUGCGAGCGAAGAACAAGUCGUCGAAGCGUUUAAGAUUUUAAACAAAGAUCCAAAAGUGAAGGCGAUUUUGGUGAACAUUUUUGGAGGAAUCAUGAAAUGCGACGUGAUCGCGUCUGGCAUCGUCAACGCGGUCAAAGUGGUUGGAUUGAACAUCCCGUUAGUCGUUCGCUUAGAAGGCACGAACGUGGAGGAAGGGCGAAGGAUUAUGAAACAAUCCGGAUUGAACAUCGAGACGGCGAAAGAUUUGGACGACGCGGCGGACAAAGCGGUCAAAGCGAUUGCGUAA